GCGGCGCUGCCGUGUUGUGCCUGCGUGUCGGGGCAAAGGGGAGGAGGAUGGUGACAUCGGGAGGAUGGAGGCCGUUUUAUCUAGGUAUGAAAACCAGAUCACUAUUUUGUCAGAUUGCUUAGAAGAAUUUCCAGAAACUGAUGAGCCAGUGUGGAUUUUAGGAAGGCAACACCACCUAAACACAGACAAAUCUAAGUUAUUGUUGGAUAUAAGUGGCCGUCUCUGGUUUACGUAUAGAAGAAAGUUUUCACCUAUUGGAGGCACUGGUCCGUCAUCUGAUGCAGGCUGGGGAUGCAUGUUGAGGUGUGGGCAGAUGAUGCUGGCCCAGGCGCUGAUCUGCAGACAUUUAGGAAGAGAUUGGCAAUGGGAAAAACACAAAAAACAACCAGAAGAAUAUAAUAGAAUUUUACAGUGCUUUCUGGAUAGAAAGGAUUGCUGCUAUUCCAUCCACCAGAUGGCACAGAUGGGUGUUGGAGAGGGGAAGUCCAUUGGAGAAUGGUUUGGACCAAAUACAGUUGCUCAAGUACUGAAGAAGCUUGCUUUAUUUGAUGAAUGGAAUUCAUUAGCAGUUUAUGUAUCUAUGGACAAUACAGUGGUCAUUGAAGACAUCAAGAAGAUGUGCUGGUCCCCUGCCCAGAGCAGCAGCGUUGCCCACAGCAGUGCACAUAUGCACAGAAGUGCUCUUGGCCAAAACAGGAACAUAGCAGGAUUGUGCCCAGGCUGGAAGCCCCUCUUGCUCAUUAUCCCUCUCCGGCUAGGGAUUAAUCACAUCAAUCCAGUGUAUAUUGAUGCAUUUAAAGAAUGCUUUAAGAUGCCACAGUCUUUGGGAGCAUUAGGAGGGAAACCCAAUAAUGCCUAUUAUUUUAUAGGAUUUUUAGGCAAUGAGCUGAUCUACUUGGAUCCUCACACCACUCAGAGUUUUGUAGAUUCAGAAGAAAAUGGGACAGUUGAUGAUGAGAGCUUCCACUGCCAGCAAGCCCCACACAGAAUGAAGAUCAUGAAUUUGGACCCUUCAGUAGCUUUAGGCUUCUUUUGCAAAGAAGAAUGUGAUUUUGAUAACUGGUGUAGUCUUGUACAAAAGGAGAUUCUAAACCAACAGAGCCUACAGAUGUUUGAGCUGGUCCAGAAGCACCCACCACACUGGCCUCCUUUCAUACCUCCUACCAAGCCAGAAGUGACAACCACAGGAGCAGAACUGAUUGAAUCUACUGACAAGCUAUUUGAAUUGGAAGAAGAAUUUGAAAUCCUGAGUGUAUGAAGGAAACUGUGGUGACCCUUCUGAGUAUUGAACAUAUUGCUAAUAUUACUUCAUUGGCUUAAAUUACACAGCCGUUAGCCCAAAAGUGCCUGAAAUCAUGGAUAACAGAGCACAAACACCUGGUAUCAUCCAAAACUCCAACAGGGACAGUACCUUCUGUCAAAGAGCUUCCCCAGAUGGAAAGGCAGUGAAAGAUUUUAUUAUAAGACCCUGAAAGGGAACCUCUUUUUAAUGUGUGUCUUUCUUGAAGACAAAUGGACCUCUGAGAUUAAGGCACAAGUAAGUCUGUCAUCGGGCUGUAUAUUUGGGGAAAGGGGUAACACAGAAAUGGGUAUUUCUUGCUCUCAUAUAAUGCAGUAGUUUAGUUCUUAAAGCAAAACAGUCUUCAGUUAAGGAGAAUGUUUACUUCUGUUCCUAUUGGUGGGCUGCAUCAUAGAAAAAAUACAUUGUCUUAUUUAAAAGAUCAACUUGAUCAGGAGAAAAUUGUUUCCUUGUUAAAUAUUUUAACAUGUAUUUGAGCAACCACACUUUAUGACAAAAAUGUUUCUGUGAAAGGAACUAUGACUAACGUAUCCGUUUGCAAUAGCCUUCCUUUCCUGUUUCUGGGAGACCUCAAGAGGAGCCGGAUCCUCAAAUAGUUGAUACAGAUCACAACCACUGUUGUAGUUAUGAUAUAUUUCACCUUGACCUUAAAGUUCAAUCGUUUUAACUUAGGCUGACUUUUAUUUUGGAGCUAAGGUGAGUCAAUUGUACCUUAUUUAUUUUAAAAAAGAUUUACAUAAGUAUCUCUGUCACUGCACUUUAUCUGUGCAUCUAAUAAAUUUCUUAAGCUUUUCA